UUAAUAAUAAUCUGUGAAAAUACGAAGUCGACCGGUUCUUGAUUUCCCCCCUUCCCUCCCCUCCAGCUCCCCAGCCCACUGCUGAGAUUGAGCUAAAAGGACCUGUUUCCUGGAGGACGAGAACAGACACGUUUCUGGUGGUGUAGAAGGGACCGAUGGCCAUGCUUCAGAGUGUAGCGGAGACGCAGGAGAGAGAUUCAACCUGUUAACAAAAAAAUUAAGCAGGGGCAAAAUAUCAACGGGAAGGAAAGAUAUAUAUACAUAUAUACACAAGUGUAUAUAUAUACAAUUUAGAAGUAUUCCCCAGGUGGCCACAAAGCAUGGGCUGUGUUCCAAGCACCAACCUCUCUGACAGCAGAGUGAUCUGUCACAGUAGCAAUGAGUCUGAGGAGUACAAUUUCCCUCACCAGACCAACACAACCAUGUCUCAGCAGCAGCAAGGCAACCCCGUCCCAGGAUUAUUCAUUAAAUGCUACAACACAUCCACUUAUGAGGCGAGGACUAAUUCCUCUAAGAAAGACAAGAGGGAGAACAGCCAGAGCAUGGAGGCAGAGGCCCAGACCGGCAGAUCCAAUGUUAAGGCACCAGUAACAGAUGUGCAGUUUGGCCCUAUGAGACUUCAUCAAGAUCAGCUUCAGGUACUUUUAGUGUUUGCUGAGGAGGACGAGCAGAGUAACGGGUUCCGCUGGGCGUGUGACAAGGCUGGAUUUCGGUGUAAUCUUGCCAGGACACCUCAGUCUGCACUAGAAUGUUUUCUAGAUAAGCACCAUGACAUUAUCAUCAUUGACCAUAGACAUUCCAGAUACUUUGAUGCAGAAGCAUUAUGCAGGUCUAUCAGAACAACGAAAGCCUCAGAAAAUACAGUCAUUAUUUGUGUGGUACAAAGGCACACUGAUCGUGAGGAGUCAUCAAUAUUGCCCCUGAUCUCUGCUGGCUUCACAAGGAGAUAUGUAGAAAAUUCUAGUAGAAUGGCCUGUUACAAUGAGUUGAUUCAGCUGGAAUUUGGACAGGUGCAGGCACAAUUCAAACUAAGGGCAUGUAAUUCAUUAUUUACAGCAUUAGAGAAAAGUCAAGAAGCCAUUGAGAUCACAAGUGAAGACCAUGUAAUACAGUACGUCAAUCCUGCUUUUGAAACAAUGAUGGGCUAUCAAAUAGGUGAACUAAUAGAAAAGGAAUUAACAGAAGUGCCUAUAAAUGAAAAAAAAGCUGAUUUCCUAGAUACUAUUAAUUCCUGCAUAAAGAUAGGAAAGGAAUGGCAAGGAAUGUACUAUGCGAAAAAGAAAAAUGGAGAUAGCAUACAACAAAAUGUGAAGAUACUACCUGUCAUUGGACAGGGAGGAAAGAUUAGACACUAUGUGUCAAUUAGUAGACUGUGCAAUGACAACAAUAAGGUGGAGAAGACAUGUGAAUGUAUUCAGGCUGAAUCUCAGACAGAUACUCAGACAUGCAGACACAAAGACAUGAGGAAAGGAUCCCUGGAUGUCAGAUCCACAACAUCACGUGGGAGCGAUGGCAGCUCCCAGCGGCGCCGCUCCUCCAUGGCCAGGGUCCAUUCCAUGACGAUUGAGGCUCCCAUCACCAAGGUAAUAAACAUCAUCAAUGCUGCACAAGAGAGCAGUCCCAUGCCAGUUGCAGAAGCUUUAGACCGGGCUUUGGAGAUUUUAAGAACCACUGAAUUGUACUCUCCACAACUGGGGACAAAAGAUGAGGAUCCACAUACAAGUGACCUUGUUGGAGGGUUAAUGACAGAUGGUUUACGAAGAUUAUCAGGGAACGAAUACAUAUUGUCAGCAAAACAAACUCAUCAGGUUGCUGGCAGUCUGAGCUCUCCAAUCUCCCUCAAUGACAUACCCCCACGGAUAACACAGGCAAUGGAAAAUGAGGAACAGUGGGAUUUUGAUAUCUUUGAACUUGAGGCUGCCACCCAUAAAAGGCCUUUGGUUUAUCUGGGUCUCAAAAUAUUUGCUCGCUUUGGAAUCUGUGAAUUCCUGAACUGUUCAGAAUCCACUCUGAGGUCAUGGUUACAAGUUAUUGAGGCUAACUACCAUUCCUCCAACUCCUACCAUAAUUCUACUCAUUCAGCAGAUGUACUACACGCUACUGCUUACUUCUUGUCUAAAGAAAGAGUAAAGCAAACUCUGGAUCCAAUUGAUGAGGUUGCCGCGCUCAUUGCUGCCACAGUCCAUGAUGUGGAUCACCCAGGAAGAACCAAUUCGUUCCUGUGCAAUGCUGGCAGCGAGCUCGCAAUUCUCUACAACGACACGGCCGUGCUGGAGAGCCACCACGCUGCCCUGGCUUUCCAGCUCACCACCCGGGAUGGCAAAUGCAAUAUAUUUAAAAACAUGGAGAGGAAUGAGUAUCGAACCCUUCGCCAAGUCAUUAUUGACAUGGUCUUAGCAACAGAAAUGACAAAGCACUUUGAACAUGUCAACAAGUUUGUCAACAGCAUUAACAAACCCUUGGCAGCACUAGAAGAAAAUGGGAAUAAUGGUGAUGGAGAGUCAAUCAAAACUGUUCUCAGGUCUCCUGAAAACCGUAUCCUUAUCAAGCGCAUGUUGAUAAAGUGUGCUGACAUUUCCAAUCCAUGCAGACCCAGAGAACAGUGUAUAGAAUGGGCCGGCCGCAUCUCUGAGGAGUACUUUGCACAGACUGACGAAGAAAGGAGGCAAGGUUUACCUGUUGUGAUGCCAGUUUUUGACAGAAAUACUUGCAGCAUCCCCAAAUCCCAAUUAUCAUUCAUUGAUUACUUCAUUAUUGAUAUGUUUGAUGCCUGGGAUGCAUUUGCCGACCUGCCAAAUCUGAUGGAGCAUCUGAAUAAUAACAUUAAAUACUGGAAAGGACUGGAUGGAAGGAACCUGCGAGUCCUUCGACCACCACCAGAAUAGCAGUUAGACCAUGGUGUGUCAUUCACUAGCCAGAUGCAUAUUUAUUCAAGCUCACUUUUAUCUGUGUGAAUUCAGAUUUGUUUUGGUCUCUUCAGUAUUACAGUAAAGCUAGCCCAUGCACUUGGGGAACUUUCACGUUCAAGAGAACACGAGGUCAGCAGUUGACUUCCACAAAGUACCAUGUGUGGACUCGGAUGAAAUAAGCCCACCAAGUGGAAUUACACUGGAUUGCUGCAGUACUUGUACUGAAGAGGGUUUAUUAUAACAUACUUCUGUGAUAUCUUCAUACCAGCACAUGAAGCUGGAAGACCUUGAAGAGAAUCCUUAUGAAAAGGACAUUCACUAGAAGUUUAUCUAUUAAUAGAGACUCACAGCUUUUAUAAGAAAGCUACAUGCUUUUUAUAAGCACUUCAGACAGUUAUGUAGAACAAUCAGACAUUUAAAAUGCAACUGUCUAUGAAAGAAUUUUUUGAUCUAUGAAAAAUAGAUGUACUGUAUUUUUUCACAUCACAGAAGGUGCAAUCAUUCACUUCUGAGCACUACUGAAAGUGAGUUCUCCUUAAGAAAUUUAGUAGCAAAUGUAAAAAAUAACACAAGAAUUUUGAGGUUGAUCGUUAGCAUCUAUGAUUAAAAUGUUAUGUUUUAUUUAUUUUGUUAGAUGUUCAAUAUUUUCUAUGAAUUUAUAAAUACUUAAAAGCCAAAGCCAACUUUAGAUGCAUUAUAAAUUUACAUGAUUCAUACUCAUUAAUAUACAUUUAAUUGAUGUACAGACCUUUUAUUUUCAUAAUGCAAAUACAAAAUACUAUACAAUGAUACAUUUUUAUUGCACUGUAAGGAUAGAUGUGUAUGUUUAAAUAUUGUCUGAUUUAUGUUAAUUAAAAUAAGUUUUAUUAAAAAGGUCUCACUUGAGAAUAGUAGAAUAAACAAGAACUGUAUACUGUCUGAGCACCAGAACUGCAGCAGUUCUCCCACAAACCAGUGAAGACCACCUGAUCUUCUCUUGGCUACAAAAAUAAUAAUGUAUUGGAACUCUGUUAUCUCCCAUGACAUUUUAUGACUGAAUUCCCUGUUAAAGUCUGCCUUAUUUUAUAUAGUAUUUCUACAAAGCAUUCCACAGCAUAUAUGAAGAGGUGAUACUAAGGUGAUUCAACAUUUUAUAGCCAAUGUAUUUUCCUCUGCCAUAAAGGAAAAAGAACAUAAAACCACCAACACAAACCUUCAACUCAAGAAGUUUGUAAAGGCUGUGUACCUUCACAAUUUGAAUGAAACCUUCAUAGCAACUACCAGAAAAUAAUAAAAUGUAUAUUUUAAGAAGUGUCAAGUCCUACCCAUUUCAUUUGAAAUGUAUACGCACUUUGUAGUUUGCAGACUAACAAACACAUGAAUUUUUUUUAAAAAUAACUACGAUACUUUUUGUCGGGGGAAGGGAAAAGUUGAGGAGGUUGAACAGCAUAAGGGUGAUGAAAGGUGUAGCUGGCAAGCCCCUGUGUUUGUGGCCUGCCCUUGGCAAGCCCAUCAGACCCUUGUGCACCCUUGGACAAGUCUCUUCACAGCUCCGCGCAGUGUCGCGCUGCGUUCCACUGGAGGACUCGAGCAGUAUCCUGUCAGCCUCUCCAGUCAACAGAAAGGCAUCCAGAGGCACUGAAAGGGCUGCUGACUGUCAUUACUGCAGAGGCAAUUGAGUUCAGAGACAUUUUGAACCAUUCCUGAAGAAGCAGAAGCUGGGGAGAGGUGGAUGAUGGAGCAGUUCAGGGACUGCAGUAGCAGCCUUAAGGCUCCUGUGUCUCCAUUAGGGGAAAACUGAAUCACACAUCAGUGUCUCUUCUGCUUAUCUGCUGCAGUGAGGAUGGGAGAGGACGUGUGGACAUGAGCAUGUGGGCUCAGAGACUUAUCUGCAGAGAUACUGGUCAGAGCUCCUGAGAUGCCAGAGCUUCGUCCUCCCACCCCACUGUGCGCCAGGCUUGGUGAGACUCCCGGGAGAGCCGAAUGCCAUCGGCGGGCACGGAGUCGCAGCACUGUCCCCACGCUGGCUGGUGCCGGCUGUUUCACACUCUGCUUACUUCUGCAGGAUAGAGUACAUAUUAUGGGAAGGAAUGGAGGUGGACAAGCACAGCAGGUGCUGCACGGGAUAGUGGCUGCUGGAGGCAACACUUCAGCUGUGUGUGGAUGGAGCCAUCACUGGGGAAGCCGCUCCAUGGCCCAGCCGAGGGCAGGCCCUUUGUUCCCGGCUCCAGCGCUGGGUGAGGAGGGACACUGGACAUGCCUUGGAUUACGGGAUGCAUGGGUCACUGGUGCCCAUGAGGACUGCCUGUGGGCUUCAGCUGGCCAAAACCAGAGCUUUAGGCAUGAGUUUCUGUCCUUUGCAGAGGAUGGAGUUUGCUGUGUACCAGUGAAUGCCCAUAAGGAAAAGCAACAGGAAGAAAAAGACCCAACAGAUAGUUCUGUCACUGCCUUAGCAGUCCUGUGCCAUGGCUGGUAAUGACCAUGGGGCCAUUCUCCUGACCAGACUGCUCUGUACUCAGCCACUGGCAGCAUUACAACGGAGCUGUUUGGUACCUGUGGAGUCCUACUGCAAGGGUGUCUGAGCACCUUGCAUUUGGCUCAGAAGAUCUGCCCUUGCAACAGUCCAGCAAGAGGGUUGUGAAGUCCUGGGGACUUGGCAGUUCAGUUCACAAUUGGAAAGUAUUUUGCCAGGUUACAGCUGUGGUUUAAACACUUGAGGUGAAAGCUGGUGAAGGGGAGUGGAAUCAUGGGUUCACCAGCAGCCUUUGUGCAUUAGAGGCUCUGUUGGGAGGUUCAGAUGUCCUCAUACCUCUGCUCUGAUAUCUGUGUUACGCUCUUUCAGGUAUCUACUUGAAAAUAAGAAUGGGGCUCUCAGGGGGUAAAACAUGUUCCAGUGGUUAGAAGUUGAACCCAGAGUCAAGGAGUACAUUUUUAAACAAAGAAUGAUGCUUUCUCACCACUUCCAUCCCCUGCAGAGGAGCUGUACCCUACAGCUGCUGUUCCCUGGGAUGGCCGUGCCAGCAUCAGCAGGGCACACAUGGCCACAAGCUGCUUUGCUCACUUGCAGACAAAGCAACUGAGUCUCUGGCCCGCUUACAGGAGGACUGACAAAGUGACCAUAACAACCUUUUCUGUCCUGAAAAUAUCUUAAUUCCUGGUAGGUUAAGAAAUGAUGCUGUGCUGGUAUAGCUCAGUGUUGCUAAACCCAUCUUCUUAGGCUUUUGAAACAGAUAUCCAAGAGCAGCUGGUACUAAUCACUGCUGUAGCGACAUACUCAGCUCCCAUUUUUGUGGUUUCUAAAGGCCUGGUUUUGCAAGACUUUUUUAAAGCUCUUUGAGAAAGAACAGACAAGCUUUUGACACACAGUUCUAUGUAAAAUCUCUAGUUUUGCCAACGGCAUUUAUUUGUAGAGACCCUGCAUAUUAUAGAGGCCACUGCUUGUUCCUGGCGAUUCCCUAGAAUGGAAACUUAAAACCAAUGAUUUUUGUAAUGAAUGUGCAAUAAAUCUGUGGAAAAGCUUC